UUUUUCCAAACUCAGUUUGAACAUUGCAGGCUAAGAGAGUUCUUAAAGCAAAAUGGCAAAGUUAAGUUACGUGUUGUUUGUAACAAUGUUGUGUGGAUUCAGUGUGAACGCUGGUAUCCCCGGAGGACCACGGCCCAUAACAGAUGAAAUUGAAUUAGCCAAAUUGACUGACAACAUUACAACGCAUCUGGACAGAUUCGGUGUUCAAGGAACUAAUUUUGAACUUGUUAAAUUGCAUUCAGCUACAGUUCAAGUAGUUGCGGGCGUUUUGUACGAGACGCUUAUCGAAGUUAUGGAAAAACAAAAUAGAGUGAACUGUACAAUGACAAUGUGGGAAAAGGCCUGGGAAAAUGUAAUCAAAGUGAAUGUUGAGUGUGGUGACGAAAAACGCAAAUAUGAAUGGUCCACAGAUGUUCAACCGAUUCAACCUAUUGCUUUUGGCGGAUUUACCAAACUUACUGAGAAUGGCAUUAAAUAUGUGGAAAAACAACUUACACACUCUUUCGGCGAAAUGGCCAAAAUACACAGUAAAUUCAUUUACAAUUUGAAGAGUGUUGUGAGCGGUUCACAGCAACCAGUGGCCGGCACGCACUAUAUGGUGACUAUUGAAGUUGGAUAUGGUGACAAUGAAACCAAAACCUGUCAAGCUGAUAUGAUUGAAACGUUAGCUAAAAUAUUGCGAGUCAAGAUUGAAUGCGGCGAAGAGAUAUAUGAAAUUGAAACACCUUCCCCACAGUAAAACAUUCUGUUUUACAAAAUGUUGUUAUCGUUAGUUGAACGACGAUUUUAAUUUCAAAUAAACUUUUAUUCAAAGUAUCAA